AUUCGUUGUGUGUUUGGCCCGAGAAAGUGUGAAGUGUGUGCGUGCAUUUGUCGUGGUCGUGGACACAUAUUUCUAAUUUUUUUAUUUUUUCUACAUAAAAAAAUAAUAAUAAUAUCAAAUUUAUAUGUACAAUUUAGUAGCCUUUUGUUCCUUCGAUUCGAAAUAUACAGUAAUUUUUUGGGUUUAAAUUUCCACCAGUUUUCACAACUUUUUUUUCCGUUCGCCCGUUGACGUUAUUUUAUUUUUUGUUUUGUUUUCGUUCGUUCUCGCGUAUAAAUUUACGUUUUUUUUUUUCGUGUGCAAAGGAGUAGCAGCAGCACCAGAAGCAGAAGGAAGAAGACGUUUUUUCUUUCUUCUGUUACUUGACGUCAGUUUAAUGCUGAAAGUGUUCGGGACAAGAAAAAAGUAAAAUGAAAAUAAUCGCAUAAUAAAAAAACAAAUACGGAAAAAAAGCUGUUCGUUCAAUUGCAAAUUCCAAUUUGUCAAUUUUCGAACACACACACCACAACAGCAGCAGCAGCAACAACAACAACAACAGCCAAAAAAAUUCACUAAACCGAUAUCGAAAUCGAGUUUGAAAAGAACCGAGUCGGAAGAAAUUACAACCAAAUCGAUCAUCGUUGAAUUCUUCGUGUUACGUUCGGUAGUUUUGGAUUCCGUUUUCUUUUCUGUUGGUUAUUUAUUCUCCUUAAUUUUUACCGUGUUUUGUUUGUGACCACGAAAAUCUCCUUCCGGAAACAAAAAAGAAAAAGUAUAGUAAUUAAACAACAACACAAAAUACCGAAACCAAAUUGAAUUUUCAUCAAAAACCACAAGCGCAAAAAUAAAGAGAAAAAGAUUUCAUAGAAAGAUAUCACAUUCGAAGACAACGUCGGCGAACGACCAGAACUCAGAGAGAAUCAACGUAAGCAACAUGAUUUGUGGUGCAAAGUGAAGUAAAAAGAAAAUAGAAAGAAAGAAAAAACGAAUUUUUUUUCUUCCUCAAGUGUGUUUCUAAUCGGCGAAAAGAUACUAACAAAAAAAACGAAGCGAUACCAAUAUCUGAGGAACCAUUGCAUGUAUAUGCAUAUAAAAAAGAAAUAAUACAACAUCCAACAACAACAACAACAACAACAAAAAUAAUAACAACAACAACAACACCACUGUGGAUUUGCUGCUACCAGUUGUAUUAUAAUAGAAAUACUCAAACAUAAUAAAUGGCCACUAUAGAUGGGCGACCUACACAAUAUGGUGUAUCUCUCAAGACUCUGCGGGAGCUCAUGGAGCACCGUGGCCGCGAAGGUAUUGCCCGGAUAAAUGAAGUAGGUGGUGUACAGGAAUUAUGUAAAAAAUUAUAUACCUCACCAAAUGAAGGCUUAAGUGGUUCACGUGCCGAUAUUGAACAUAGGCGAGAAACAUUUGGUUCAAACACAAUACCACCGAAACCACCGAAAACCUUCUUACAGUUAGUAUGGGAAGCCUUGCAAGAUGUGACACUUAUUAUUUUAGAAGUAGCAGCCCUAGUAUCCCUUGGUUUGUCUUUUUAUUCACCGAAAGAGGAGGAAACACCCGUUAAAAAAGUUCAAGAAGAAGAUGAUAGCCACGGUUGGAUUGAAGGCUUAGCCAUAUUAAUAUCCGUCAUAGUUGUUGUUAUUGUAACUGCGUUCAAUGAUUAUUCCAAAGAACGACAAUUUCGGGGUCUACAAAACCGUAUUGAAGGCGAACACAAGUUUUCGGUAAUACGUAAUGGUGAAGCAAAAAAUAUAUCGGUAGGGGACAUCGUUGUUGGUGAUAUAUGUCAAAUAAAGUACGGCGAUCUCUUACCAGCCGAUGGUAUAUUGAUCCAAAGUAAUGACUUAAAGGUGGACGAAUCGUCGUUAACUGGUGAAUCAGAUCAUGUAAAAAAGGGUACGGAUUACGAUCCGAUGGUUCUGUCGGGAACGCAUGUUAUGGAGGGCAGCGGUAAAAUUGUUGUUACAGCCGUCGGUGUCAAUUCGCAGGCCGGUAUUAUAUUCACAUUAUUAGGUGCUGCCGUUGAUCAACAAGAAGCCGAAAUUCGUAAAAUGAAGAAAGAAGCUAAAAAGCAGAGGAAGAAGAAAAGUUUAACAACAGAUGGUGAAGUACCAACAAACAUAACAAGUAACAGCCACGGAAGUGUUCCAGCCCCAGCGCCAAUCAAAGAGGCGAACAAUGAUUCGGUAGAAAAUCAUGUGGAUGGAAAUGCAGGUGGCACCGAAACGGAAUCAGCACCACCGCCAUCCGCUCACAAAAAGGAAAAGUCCGUGUUGCAAGCAAAACUCACAAAACUCGCCAUUCAAAUCGGUUACGCCGGCUCAACGAUUGCUGUAUUGACCGUUAUCAUUCUGGUGAUUCAGUUCUGUGUCUCGAAAUUUGUCAUACAAAAACUGCCCUGGAGCAAUGUAUAUGUUAACCAACUGGUGAAAUAUUUAAUUAUUGGUGUGACUGUUUUGGUUGUCGCCGUACCCGAAGGUUUGCCUUUAGCCGUUACUUUGUCGCUAGCUUAUUCAGUGAAGAAAAUGAUGAAAGAUAACAAUCUUGUACGUCACUUGGAUGCUUGUGAAACGAUGGGUAACGCAACUGCCAUUUGCUCCGAUAAAACUGGAACACUAACCACGAAUCGAAUGACCGUUGUCCAAUCGUAUAUAUGUGAAAAGCUUUGCAAAGUUACACCGAAAUUUUCCGACAUACCAUCACACGUUGGUAAUAUGCUCGUGCAGGGCAUCUCUGUAAAUUCGGCGUACACAUCCCGUUUGAUGACAUCACAGGUAAAUCCCACGGAUCCAAUCACUCAAGUCGGUAACAAAACCGAAUGUGCAUUGUUGGGCUUCGUACAAGGCCUGGGCAUGAGCUAUCAAGCAAUUCGUGACGAAAUCACCGAAGAUAAAUUCACUCGCGUCUACACAUUCAACUCAGUUCGAAAGUCUAUGAGCACAGUCAUACCACGACCAGAUGGCGGAUAUCGCCUCUACGCAAAAGGUGCAUCAGAAAUGGUACUUAAAAAAUGCGCAUUUAUAUACGGACACGAUGGCGUUUUGGAGAAGUUUACACGCGAUAUGCAGGAACGUUUGUUACAUCAAGUGAUUGAGCCAAUGGCAUGCGAUGGUUUGCGUACCAUUUCCGUUGCGUAUCGCGAUUUCGUUCCAGGCAAAGCGGCUAUAAACGAAGUACAUGCUGACAACGAGCCUAACUGGGAGGAUGAAGAGAAUAUCGUGAACAAUUUGACAUGUUUGUGUGUGGUGGGCAUUGAAGAUCCGGUUCGCCCCGAGGUACCCGAUGCCAUUCGUCGUUGUCAAAAGGCCGGUAUCACGGUUCGCAUGGUCACCGGUGACAACAUCAAUACCGCCCGUUCAAUUGCGGCCAAAUGUGGCAUUGUCAAACCGAACGAAGACUUCCUGAUUUUGGAGGGCAAAGAAUUUAAUCGACGAAUUCGUGACAGCAACGGUGACGUUCAACAACAUUUACUGGACAAAGUAUGGCCGAAGCUGCGUGUGCUCGCCCGAAGUUCACCAACCGAUAAAUAUACUCUAGUCAAAGGUAUUAUUGAUAGUAAGGUAAGCGAGAAUCGUGAAGUGGUUGCGGUCACUGGCGAUGGCACCAACGAUGGUCCAGCAUUGAAAAAAGCCGACGUUGGCUUUGCUAUGGGAAUUGCCGGCACCGAUGUGGCAAAAGAAGCUUCCGAUAUUAUUUUAACCGAUGAUAACUUCAGCAGUAUUGUAAAGGCCGUCAUGUGGGGUCGUAAUGUGUACGAUUCAAUCGCCAAAUUCUUGCAGUUUCAGUUGACCGUUAAUGUUGUUGCAGUUAUAGUUGCGUUUAUUGGUGCUUGCGCGGUACAAGAUUCACCAUUGAAGGCUGUUCAAAUGUUAUGGGUUAAUUUGAUCAUGGAUACUCUUGCGUCGUUGGCCUUGGCAACCGAAUUACCAACACCCGAUCUGUUACUGCGCAAACCAUAUGGCCGAACAAAACCACUUAUAUCACGCACAAUGAUGAAAAACAUUAUAGGUCAAGCCCUAUAUCAAUUGGGAAUCAUAUUUUCAUUGCUCUUCGUUGGCGACAAGAUGUUAGAUAUUGAAUCUGGCCAUGGUCAACCACCGACACAACAUUUCACUAUUAUUUUCAAUUCAUUUGUAUUGAUGACGUUGUUCAAUGAAUUUAAUGCGAGGAAAAUUCACGGACAACGAAAUGUUUUCGAAGGAGUAUUCACAAAUCCGAUUUUCUAUUUGAUUUGGAUUUUCACCUGCAUUUCACAGGUGGUCAUCAUCCAAUACGGAAAAAUGGCAUUCUCCACAAAAGAACUAACACUCGAACAAUGGUUAUGGUGUUUGUUCUUCGGCGUCGGCACCUUAUUAUGGGGUCAAUUAGUCACAACAAUACCGACAAGAAAACUACCAAAACUAUUAUCAUGGGGCCGAGGUCAUCCAGAACAGUACACCGAGGCAAUUCAUCUUGGUGAUGAACGAUUCGACUCAUUAGAUUCCGAUAAAAAACCAAGGGCCGGACAAAUUCUAUGGAUUCGAGGUUUAACAAGAUUACAAACUCAGGUGAUAGGAGGUGAAUUACAAGAACGUUUGAUUCCAGUACCCUACAGCAAGAGCUCCACUGAUCAAGCUAUUCGGGUUGUAAAUGCAUUUCGCCAGGGUUUAGAUGCACGUUACGGUGAACACAGCAAUACCACAUUGGCCGAAGUCCUGCGAAAGCAAACAUCGUUGAGUAAACGUUUAUCGCAAACAUCGUCAAUUGAAUAUGCCGACAAUAUACCGGAUGAACUAUCGAUACCCGAAAUAGACGUGGAACGUCUAUCAUCACACAGCCACACGGAAACAGCCGUAUAAAAUUUCGCGCCGUUUUAUUAAAAAAAUAAAAUAAAAUAAAAUAAAUAAAUAACUAAUUAGUUCAAUUCAACAAACAAACAAAAAAAGAGGAAAAAUAUUUAACAAAAAAAAAAUGAGGAAAAAACACACACAUACACAAUAAAGAUGAAGUAAAAAAAGAGAGAGAAAACCAAAUCUAUUAUUUAAAAUGAUGAAAAAAACAACCAACAAAAAAAUGGAGUAAAAAAAAUAAAACCUAAAGAUUUAAAUCAAAUUUAAAAUGAGAGAGAGAGAAAAAAUCAUACAUUUUUUUUCUGUCAAAAGUGAAACAUAACACACACAUAAAACAACAACAAAACAACAAUUUAAGAGAGAAGAAAAAGAUAAACAUAACAUCCACUUUCGUCACGUUAUGGACAUAAAGAAUUAAACACUUAAAACCAAAAUUUAACAAUGAAUUGAAUGAAUGAAGAAGAAAAAAACCAAAUAAAUAUAAUAAUAUAUAUAUUAAUAUAUAUAUAAUAUAUAUAUUAUUGCGAUCCAAAAAAAACGGGGCAGAGAGAGAAACCUACAAAUAACAAGAAACAAACAAGAAUUAUCGAAUUUUAUUUAAGUAACACUAACUUAAACUCGUUACAGAUCCAUUUUCGAAGAAAAAAACAAACAUAAAUUUAAACAAACAAACCAACAUCAACAAAUGAAUAGUUAAAUGCUGUAGUAAAUCUUCAUCACAAUCACCAAACUAAAAAAAAAAAAACUCAAAAUAAAUAUUGACAAAAAAGUAAAAUAAAAUUCGAAAUGUAUUUAGAAGCAUUAUAAACAAAACAAACGAAUUAUGUGUGCGCGAAAUCGACACAUAACUUUGCGAACGGUGGGGAAAGAGAGAGAAAGAAAAUUUAACAAACAAAACAUCCAUAAUGUUUACCAAGACAAAGAAAACAACAACAACAGCACACAUAAGAGAUUUAAAUUUAACAACAACAAAAAACUGUUUAAUGUAAACUUCAUAAAAAAAGUAGUUCUGAACAUAGCACACACGCCUGACAUCAAUCAUGCUAAAGAAGAAGAAAAAGAAGAAGAGAAAACACAACGACAUCACACGUGAAAAAUUACGUAAAACUAAUCUGUUUGUAAAACAACAAUAACAAAAUCAUUUGGUUAUUUUCAUGGGUGAUAUCAAGCCAUCAUACGAACAAUUAGACAGCAUCGGCCAUGUGUCCGGAUACAUAAAUACACACCCCGAAUUGAAUUGUUUUUUGAAUUGACAUUUAGCUGAGACGUUAAGCGAAUCGACUUUUUCGUCCUCGACACAUACAAUUUAACAUGUUGAAUAGAGAUUUAAAAUGAGCAGACAUUUUCUUUUUCCUUGCAAAACUUUCAACUAGACGUAUUUAAGAGAGAGAGUCUUAGUAAAAGAAAAAUAAAAUGAAAUUAAACUAAUGAAUGAAAAAAAAAAAACAAAACAAAACCUAAAAAAGCACUUUGUGGGUGAAAUGCAUGAAAAGAAACACAUUUCAUUUAAACUCUUUUAUUAUUAAAUAGUUAAAAUGUUGGUUAAUUUAAAUAGUCGAAAGAAAAACAUUUUUUCAUGUAUCUUGCUUAUGCGGAAAGAUUUUUUCGUUUUUCGUUUUUAUUGUUCUUUUUUUUUUCUUUUGCUAAGAUGCGAGAUAGAAAGUGUGCCGUUAUAAUUACGUCGUAUACUAUUUGCAGCGGUCAUAUUGCUUAUGAAAAACUUCGUCGACCCGGUUCAUUCGCUUUGUCAAUGGCCAAUGGUUGCGUGGAUGUAUUAUCGAAUCUGAAAUUGAAUCACGCAAAUAUGUUCCUCUAGGAAAAUUUCGAUCGAAAAUUUGCAUUCGAUUUUGCUUACAUCUUACUACCUUCUGGAACAAUCCAAAUCGAGAUGAUCGCGCAAUUCUUCGUUUGAAUUUCUUUUCAUCGAAAAUUGUCAUUGUCACGCCAAUUUGGACCUCGCUUGUGCUGCGUUGACAAUCAUCAAAUCGUCGUUUGACCUAGUCACAAUUGGCAGACUAUCCUAGUUCAAAUGAGGUCAAGGGAGGAAUACUAUCAAGACAGUUGCCGUCUCAUCCAAUGCACACACUGAGCGAAAUGAGGUUGUCAGAAUCACCAACAUGAAUUUGUAAACGGGCGAAUUCCAACCAGCGUUGGACAUCUCGCAAAAUUUUCUCCACAUAUACCCUUACAACUGAGUGCAGAAAAUUUUGCGAAAUGUCCAACCCUGGUUGGAAUUCGCUCGUUUACAACUUCAUGUUGGUGAUUCUGACAACCUUAUUUCUCUCUGUGCAAUAAAUAAACUCUAAGAAACCGAAUGAAUUGUGUUUUUCAUUUGAAUAAAAUCGAAAUUGGCGUUAAACACCUUCAACGAAGUCAAAAUCAGAUGCAAUUCAAAACACACACACACAGAAACGCCGAUCAUUGUCCAAUCGACAUAGCGAAUGCCGUUUCAAAUGUGGUGGUUCAAAAAGUAAUUUUGGUUUUACUUGGACCAAUUGGUCCAGCGUCAGUUUUCGUUUUUCUUUUUGGAUUCAUUAUAAAUGGUAGCACUCAAUAAGUCUUUUUAUGAAUUUUGCUAAAUGCCUUGCAUUUAUAUGAAGUUAGAAAGUUUCUAUCAAUUGUAAAGUAUAGUUUUGAAUUGGCCAUUACCAAAAAAAAACGUUAUUUCUUAGUUAUUGUAAUUAAAAAAAGAAGAAAAUAUAAUUUGAUUAAAAUUAUGCAACAUUACAAAAAAAGAAAAGAAAAAACUAUGAAUAAAUAAUGGAAUGGAACGAGAGUUGGACGGAGGGAGCGUAAGGUAUCGAGGAAGCAAAUUUAAUAUUAUAAAAAUAUUCUUCCAAAAUAAAGAGAAAAUUUACAAGUUAACCGAUAAGCGAAUAAAAUUGAAAUAACCAUAAGUAAAAUCCGAAAUCAGAGAGCGGAAGUCAAAAGCAUGCCACUCGGCCAUUUUCUCGGCGGAAAUGGUGACCGUGACGGUGGCGGUGACGACGACGAAGACGAUACCGUUGCAAUUUCUAUACAAUUGGCUCUCCAAACAUCUUAUUCAAAUGGUAAUGCAUAAUAAAUGGACUUAACCGAAUUCUCACACUUCCUCGGAAAAAAAACCCAUCAAAACAACCAGAUUUUCGUCGUGCGCAAACAAAUUACGAUUAAAUGAGAGAGCAUUCAUCUCAUGCGGAUGCAUUUCAUUUUCAAUCCAUUAUUUUUCUCGUUCAGCCUAGGCCGUUUUUGGAUUUUUGUCCAGUUUUUUGAUGGAUUGACCCUUUAGUUAUCUUUAUUCCAUUGGGUAACAAGCGAGCUUUCAGUCAUUUUAUUUAAUCGUUAUUCUUUCACGCCAAACAAUUCUGUUGAAUGAUUACAAAAUAGUGCAACAAUUUCACUUUUAAUUUGUGCAGAUUCUCACUUUCGAGUGUUGGCCAAAGCUCAACAAUGGCUUCCCACUCCAAAGUCCUUCCUCAGCCACACAUUAUGGUACAUGUUCGAUUGGAGCAGCAUUGGAUUUGUGUUUUGAUUCCAUUUUCUUUCGCAAUUUCCACCAAUCUCAAUCCAAAGUCUGCUCAGAUUGAUCAAAACUUCUGACUGAUCAUCGAGUGAUUCGGAGAAACCCGCAAAUGUUGAAGAUUUCUCCAAAAAUUCCCUAAAGUUUUCUAAGUUUUCAAACCAAUUUCGAAGUUUUUGAACUAUUUUCGAAACAUUCGAAAUUAUUUAACAUGUGAAUAUUAAUUAGACUACAAAUGUCGAUAUUUGCCGUUUGAGCCUGGAUUUUGAGUUUCUUAAGCCAUUUGUCACUGCAGUGUGUCACACAUGUCUCAUCCCAACACUCACCGACGAAAACAGAAUAUACACACAAUAAGUACACACACAACAAUUGCGAUUUCGUGUAUAAAAUAAUAAAGACAACAAGCAAAUACACCAAAAAAUAGUGUAAUCAAAUCGUUUCAAUUUUAUUUUUGUUUCCGCAUCACAAGAAAAAGAAGAAAACAUCCAAACAAACAAGAAGUACUAACACACAAAUCAAACCAAAUAAAGAAGAAAAAAACAAUCGGAUUAGAAUUAUAGUUGAUAACAAGCUAUACCGAAAACGUUAUUAUUGCUCUUAUUACUAUUAUUAUUAUUAUUAUUUUUGUGAAAGAAAGAAAAAAAACUAUAUUAUCAUUGUUUUGCAUUGGUCAUUAUAAGUUAAGACAUUAAUUUAGUGAGAGAAAAACAAGUGAAAAUACCGGCACACAUAGAUGAUAUAUACUAAAAAAAGGAGUUUAAAACGUUUGGCAUACAUACACAUACCCACAGAGAACCAUACGAGUUUUUGUAGAGAAUUUAAGAACGAAAUUUUCACUGAUCAACCGAAAAUCAUUAGGGAAGCAACUGACAGCAACAAAAUCGCCGAAAAUUUCAUGCCAAUUCGCUAAUAUCUAUCAAAAGUUGAUGGAGAAAAAAAAAUUCGCAAAAAAAACGUUGACAUAUUUUACGAAAUUAUUCAAUGAAAAUAUUACUUGUAAUUUGUAAGAGGAAACCAAAUGAACAGCUAUGACGUAGGGAAAAUUUCUGAUGAAAACGAGGAUAUAACAGAAAAUAUAACAAACCAUCAGCAAAAGUCCGUUCGUUUUCGCAAUACACACAAAGAUUUUUUUUCUAUUUACCUUUAAAAAAAUAAACGCUGGAGCAAAACCGAGCAUAAAUGUAAAAGAGAGGGACAGACAAAACAACCCACAAACAUACAUAAAAAAACUAUAAUUUGUUGGAUUGAUCGAUUCUCGUUUGCAUCAAAUACUAAGGAAUUAUUAAGAAUGAACGCUUGAAAAUCCAUUUGGACACCCGAUUUCAAUGGAUCAAAGGAGUUGAUUGUUCAAAUUCAAAUCUUCUGCACAUUCACACCAAAUUCACGGCUGUAUGCGUGUGACUUUGAAAACUUCACACUCGAGUGAAUUUUUCUCGGUUCGACGGCAGCAACGUUGACAUUCGGUGAUGAAUCGGCUGGAGUAAUCCAAAUGGAUAUGACCUAAAACACCUUUUAUUUAACACCGCUUCAAAUGGAUUUCAAAAUGAAAAAACAAAACACAAUCAAAACCACAAUACACAAUAUAUUAAAAGAAUGAGAAAAAAAAUCGUAUGUUAAUUAUAAAUUAAUUUUAAUUUCUACGUUAAUUCGUUAAUUUAUCUUUGUAACGAUAAAUAUUUCUAGUUAAAUUAUACGAUAAUGGUUACGUUUGUAUCAUUGUUUCAAUGUUGAGUUUUAUUGCCCAUCAAACAACAAUAUUUUAUUGUCGUUUCUUUUCGUUUCGUUGUUUUAUUUCAUUAUUUCGUUAUUUUGGUUUUUUCUGCUUUGUUUUUAUUUUCUUUCCCCUUUUGUUUUAGAUAGAUUGAAGCGACUCCAGUUAACGUUAUUCAUUUCCUUAUCAUUUAAUUGGUUUAUGGAUAUUUUUGUGUUUGUGUGACGAAAUGAUGGCGCCGUUUGUUUUUAAUGGAUUGCUUUGCGGCAGAGACAUUGACUAUCAUGAGAGUCGCAAGAUUUUGGCAUCUCACCAUAUUUCGUGGCACAGUAAAUCAUGCGAAAUUUGUUCUUCUCCUCAGUUCUUAGGCUCUCUCACAUACACUUUUAGACCGCUGGAUCGGUUUUGUUUGAGUUAAUCGGCCUGCCAAAGCAACACAAACACUGUCUUUUCUUUUCUUUUUCAUUCUUUUUUUCGCUUUCGUUCCAAUACAGGCCGUAACGAUUUGAUCAAAACAAUUCAAAAACCCUGACUCCCAUCCCUCCUCCAACAAAAAAACCCCAUUUAAGAAAAAAAAAAAGAAGAUGAAAAGAGAAACAAAUAAUGAAAAAAUUACUUCUUUGAUUGUUAUGUAAAUAGAAAAGUAAAUGAGAGAGAGAGAGAGAGAAAGAGAAAAUUAUGGAAUGAUCAAGGGACAACCAGAAACUAUCUAGAUAAUAUUCAUGUUAAUAAAUUGUGUAUUUGUUGUAUUGUUACAAAAAAAAAGAAGAUUAUUUUGAUAGGAACGAAAUAAAUACAUAUAUAAGAAUUCUGAACAAAGAAGAAGAACAAAAAAAACUGAUAAUCAACUAAUGAAAACUAAACCAGAAAGCGCCAGCCAUUCAUUUUUUUGCAUAUUUAACAGAAAUAAUGGCGAAUUUUCACAUAAUUCUAUUACUUUUCAUUCGAAUCACACACAUAUAUACGCACACUUCGAGAACGAUCAUCGCUAGGCAAAUUUACGCGAUUCGAUGCACGUUUAAUUCUUCACAGUGCUGUCAUGGAGGAGCUUGUUUCCCUAUAUGGGUAUAGACUGCAUUCAUUUAAUGGACUCUUCAUUUAAGACGAAACCAUCAAAUUACUUCUGAUCCAAGUUUAAUGAUGAUGACAUGGAAUUGCAAUCAAAAAUCAAAUGCAACAUUGUACGACAUUUUCGAGAGAAAAAAAUCCCAAUGACAUCGUGCUUCAAAAGCACGAAAAAACUUUUUCUCAGUUAGCAGAAAUAUUUCUUGUUGUUUCCAGCCUCUCUGAUCGUCUGUACAAAUAGAUAGGAAACGUCAAACAAGGACAAUAAAGCGGCACCUGGCGACUGGUUGGAGAAAUAGAGAAUCAUGCACAUAGUUUGCUGUAACACGUAUGCGUCUGUGUAAGUGCGUCUGUGUUAGUUCAAACGUUGAAAGUAUGACACAUUGCACUUAGUCCCUAGGUGCCGCUGUAUUUGUUUACUAUUUUCAUGAUCAGAAAGGCUGGUUGUUUCCAUUGCAGAAGAAAAAGAAUGAACAUAUAUGUGCCUUUGAUUAAAAGUUUCAAAUUUAAUUCGAAACCCACGUUUGUCAACGAAUCAACUAAAAACAUCAGAUAAACAAAUGAAAGGUUGCGCUGCUAAUGAGAUUCUAAAGCUAAUUUUGACUUUCCACGAUAGAAAAAUGAAAGCUUUUUAAAAAAACUUCGUUAACAAAAGUUCGGAAGAUAGGGUCAAAUUGACGUUUAUUUCAUUAAAUCGAGGCCUAAAUCAAGCCUUCAAAGUUUUUCAAAGCUAAUGCCAAAACCUACCAAAAUUGUCCAAGAAAACGUUUUUAGCUAACGCUUAUGUUUUGUCCAAAUUCAUUCGACCUUCAUCGGUAUUGCCAUUAAAAUUACGGCAUGUGAAGUGUUAAACAUAUCCAAUUGUGAUUUCUGCCUCUUCAGCUGGUCAACAGGUUCUCAAGUGUCUCCUAGAAUUCGAAUUAUUGGUAAAUAACCUCGCUCGUCUCUUGAAAUCGGCCAAGCAAAGGGCUGCACCGAAAAUACUUCCAAUCAAAUCGAAUGAGAAAAACGCACACACACACACACACACACACACACAUAAGAAAAUAAACACUGUCGAUAAAACACAAUGCGACAGAAUGGGAUAAGAACUAUGCAAAUAGCAAUCGAUUUGUGCAAGUAUUUUCAGUUAACCGGCAAUUUGCUGAUUGUAUCGUUCAAGUAGUCGCACACAUUGUCAGUUAUUUCUUUCGGUUUGUAUUUUAUAAUGAAAACAAAAAACACGAAGCAAGUUUAUAUAGAAAAGAUCAAUGCCUUAGAAAAUAUCCAGAGGUAUCACGACGAAUAGAAUGUUUCAUGUUUUUUUAAACUAUGGGAUAAGUAUAAAAUGCAUCUGCGAACGAAAUGAUGGAACAUUCGAUCAAUUGAUAGUUGAUUCGAAUGAAAUCGAAUUGAACGUACAAAUGAGUGUCGAUUAGUGUAGUUUUCGUGUCUGAUGCAUUUGGCUGAAUCAGCUACACUCAUAUUAUCACACAUACUUUGUGAGUGAGCCAUUCCGCAUUUGAUCAGCUCAUGGGAAACGGCUAUCGGUUUGAAGUAUGGUAGUGCAUUGAGGCAAAAAAGGUUAACAAUCAAAAAUGUAUCCAGUUGAAAUCAAGUUGAAUGCCAUCUGGAGGGAAAUAAAUUUCUUGAAAAAUUGUAAUUUCACUACAUUUCUUUUAUAUUCCAAUUCAAUCACCAUACUUCCAUGCCACAUACACCGAUCGACACACGCUGCAAACCGCCAGAAACGAGUGAGGCGCACUUAAUUUUUUUAGCAUAAUGUCAAAAGAAAAUGAAGAUAAAAAACUAGUUCAAAAUUCAAGAGAAAAAAAAACAACACAAAAUCAUUGACAAUGUGAAUUUUGAACGAAAGAGGAAGAAAAAUUUGCAAGAAUCAUCUUUUUUUUCUGUAGAAAUGACAAGUUGACGUGUGUUGUUGAAAAGAAGAGAAGAAAAAAAAAACAAAAUAAAAUAAAUACAAAAAGAAUAUUUGUUGCAGGCCGCAGCAAUACAUCCGAAGAAAAAAAAAGAAAAAAGAAAACAAAGUAAAAGAAAAAGAAAAGAAUUUCAUUUUGCAUCAAGUGCCUUGCUAAACUUAUUGAUUUGUUCAUGCAUUGAUCACUUGCUUUGUAAAUUGUCGUGGAUUCUCAAUGGAAAAUUUAAAUGACCGACAACAAACAAACAAAAAAUACACAAAAAGAUGAAGAAGAAGAAGAAG